GAAACGCCCAUUUUCCUCCGUGAAACAGGAAGUCGUGUUCUUGUUGCAGCGACGCGUUUUGAUUUUCUCCUCCUUCACGAAAAUAAAACGGAGGGUGAAUUUAACCGUUUACUGAACCGCAGGAGACGCGAACCGGUUAAAAAAAGCUCCGGCUUUAUCCGUCAGCGCCGCCAGCGCCAUGUUGUCGGACGCAGAUCACUCCGGGAGUGCCUCCGGGGCUCGCAGAGCCAAGAAGAGGAGCUCCGGGGAGUCACCGGGGGACGGACAGACCCUGCGCUCCUCCGGGAGGCAGACCACCGCCCGGGUGAAGCGCACCAACAACCCCCCACCUGGACAGAGUAAGAGAAAAGCCACGGACACGGAGGAAGAAGACGAGCAGUCGGAGAAGAAGUACAGAAGAUGUGAGAAGGCCGGGUGCUCUGCCGUCUACCCCGUUUGCUUUGCCAGUGYGUCAGAAAGGUGUGCGAAAAACGGCUACACGUCUCGCUGGUAUCACCUGUCGUGCGGUGAACAUUUCUGCAACGAGUGUUUCGACCACUGCUACAGAAGUCACAAAGACGGCUACGAGACGUUCGCCUCCUGGAAGAAGGUGUGGACGAGCAACGGGAAGAGCGAGCCCAGCCUGAAGGCCUUCAUGGCCGACCAGCUGCUGCCGUACUGGGUUCAGUGCACCAAACAGGACUGCAGGAAGUGGCGUCAGCUGACCAAAGAGAUCCACCUCACCGCCGCGCUGGCUGCGACCUACCGCUGUGGGAUGAAGUUCAACAACAUCAAAAGUGAAGGACUGGACCAGUGCUCCCAGCCUGAGGACCUGAGAGUGUCUGAGGUCAGCAACAGCUGGUGGCACUCCAUGCUGAUCCUGCCCCCGCUGUUUAAAGAGAGUCCAGCCGCCCCCUUCCUCUCCGCCUACUACCCGGACUGCGUGGGGAUGAGCCCCUCGGGGUCCCCAUGCACCCCGUCCGUGUCGGAGCUGAGGGCGGACCACUGCAGAGCGGCUCCGCCUCAGAUUCCAGGUCUGAGUCCGUACUUCCAGCCCUUCUACCAGCCCAACGAGUGCGGCAAGGCUCUGUGCGUCCGGCCCGACAUGAUGGAGCUGGACGAGCUCUACGAGUUCCCCGAGUUCUCCAGAGACCCCACCAUGUACCUGGCCCUGAGGAACCUGAUCCUGGCCUCCUGGCACAGAAACUGCAAGGAGGUUCUGACCGCAGAGACAUGCGCUCAGCACAUUGUUGUUCGGGGUUUGGUGCGGGUCCGCUGCGUCCAGGAGUUGGACCGGGUUCUGCACUUCAUGACCCGGAAGGGUCUGAUCAACACCGGGGUUCUGACGGUGAAACGUCCUCUGCUGCCUGGAAAAUACAACUCUAAGAAGGUGAUCAUCGUCGGUGCCGGGGCCGCAGGGCUCGCUGCGGCGCGGCAGCUGCAGAACUUUGGCACUCAGGUUCUGGUGCUGGAGGCCCGGGACCGGAUCGGCGGUCGGGUUUGGGACGACCGGUCUCUGGGCGUGACGGCGGGCAGAGGCGCUCAGAUCGUGAACGGCUGCGUGAACAACCCCGUCGCCCUGAUGUGCGAGCAGAUGGGCGUCGCGAUGCACAAGCUGGGCGAGCGCUGCGACCUGUUCCAGGAGGGCGGGCAGGUCACCGACACCGCCAUCGACAAGCGGAUGGACUUCCACUUCAACGCCAUCUUGGACGUGGUGUCGGAGUGGAGGAAGGACAAGUCGCAGAGCCAGGACUCACCACUAGGAGAAAAGGUUCAGGAGGUGAAGAAGAACUUCCUGCAGGAGUCUGGGAUCCAAUUCAGCGACCUGGAGGAGAAAGUUCUCCAGUUCCAUCUCAGUAAUCUGGAGUUCGCCUGCGGGAGCUCGUUGGACCAGGUGUCCGCUCGGUCCUGGGACCACAACGAGUUCUUCGCCCAGUUCUCAGGAGACCACACGCUACUCACCGAGGGCUACGCCGUUCUACUCCACAAGCUGGCCGAGGGUCUUGACAUCCACACCGACUGUCCGGUCCAGACCAUCGAUUACUCAGGUGACGAGGUUAAAGUGACCUCCUCUAACGGAGACCAGUGGACGGCUCAGAAGGUUCUGGUAACCAUCCCGUUAACUUUGCUCCAGAAGAACCUGGUCCGCUUCAACCCGCCGCUCCCCGACAGGAAGCUGAAGGCGAUCCACAGCCUGGGGGCCGGGAUCAUCGAAAAGGUUGCCCUUCAGUUCCCGUACAGAUUCUGGGACACGAAGAUCCAGGGUGCAGAUUACUUCGGUCACAUCCCUGCAGCCCCGGAGAAAAAAGGCAUGUUCAGUGUUUUCUACGACCUGGACCCACAGGGGAAAGGAGCUGUGUUGAUGUCGAUCAUCUCCGGUGAGGCUGUUCCCGCGGUUCAGAACCUGCAGGACAAAGAGGUGGUCGACGAGUGCCUGAGGGUCCUGAGGGGGCUUUUCAAGGAGCAGGAAGUCCCCGAGCCUUUGAGUUUCUUCGUCACCCACUGGAGCAAAGACGUGUGGUCCCAGAUGUCCUACAGCUUCGUGAAGACRGGCGGCAGCGGAGAGGCCUACGACAUCCUCGCCGAAGACGUUCAGGGAAAGGUCUUCUUCGCCGGCGAGGCCACAAACCGACACUUCCCUCAGACUGUGACAGGAGCCUACCUCAGCGGGGUCCGAGAGGCCAGCAAGAUGGCUGCCGUGUAGCUCCAUCACCAGCUCAGGACUCAGCACCAGCACGGACCCCCAGGACCCAAACAGACCAACGCACUGCUGACGGACUCGCACCGCCUCGCACCGCCUCGCUCAGCUUCUGGAGCUUUUCUGCACGUUCAACACAAACYGACAAACUUUGUGUCAGAUGUGAGGUCCAGCUGUGUGCAGGAAAACUGGAUCCUGUUUCAGGUCCAAGAUGUUUCUGUGGUUUGAUUUGAGGGACUUUAGGCUGCAUGAAACUUUAUUUCUCUCAGGCAUCUAGUCGUGAAUAAACAGAUUAAAUCUGAGUUAGAAAGGAUUAACAUGAUGAUAAAACAUCUUUCUGAUCCAAACUGUAGUUCUGUAGUUAAUGUUUAGGGUGACGUUAACUGAGUUUUAGCACUUUGAGUUUUAAAACAGUAAAAACUGGUGGAACGACAGGUGAACCAGGUGACUCCAUUUCUUUCUCAGGGACGUUUUUAGCUGUAAAAACAAAAACCUCGGACUGUUCAGAAACUCUGCAGAUYUCUCCUAAACAAUAAAGUUCCUGAGGUUUGGAGUCCAUGAGCAAGAAUUUGUUUGGAUCUUUGUGUGUCACUUCCUGUUUGACGUUUCGGCGCUCGGUUAUUUAUCGUCUGUGUAAUAAACUGCUUAGGCUCGUUUA